CGCGUUCGUUGUUUGUACUUUGACAAUUUCAAAUUUGUGAAACAGUGGAACAUGGACGGUUAUUUUUGAUUUUUAAGUGACAAAGGUUAUAUUUAAUAUUUAAUUAUAAUGAAUAAUUCACAUUUUCAUGUGGAAGUGGUCCAAAAAAAAGAAAGCCGAGCUAGCAAAGAACGUGUUAAAGAACUCGUGCAUUCACAUUUACUUAACUUUGCGUGUUUGACCCCGGGUGCUUGUAUGAAUAAUUCUGAAUUUGACGAUAAUGAUGAAUUAAAGGAGCACAUCGCUUCUAUUAACUUCUGUGAUGUCAACCACGACACUGACGUGUCCAUAACAGAUGUAGAACUAGUAUAUCAUGUGUAUAAGCUGGACACCUUCGGUGCCGAAACCGACACGAUGACUGAUGCAUCUACCGGAGAGGAGUUUGCUGCAGCUGACGUGUGGGCGUUGCCUGCCCAGGAGUUCCAUGGCCUUUGGGAGAGUCUAGUCUAUGAUUCCAAAUUGAAAGAAGACACUGUACGAUUUGUAGAAACAGCCCUCGAGUUUGCGGACCGCGGUGUCGAUCCACACAUUAUCGGGUGUAACCGAGUUGUGUUGCUCCACGGGCCUCCCGGUACCGGCAAGACAAGUUUAUGCCGCGCGCUAGCACAGAAACUCGCUGUGCGCCUCGGCGAUCGUUUUCCACGCGCGCGGCUCAUCGAGAUCAAUGCUCACGGCCUCUUUUCCAAGUGGUUCGCAGAGAGCGGUAAGCUAGUAGCGCGGCUGUUCGAGCGAGUCACUGAGAUCGUUGCCGACCGGCGGUUGCUGGCGUGCGUGCUGGUCGACGAGGUAGAGUCCUUGGCGGCCGCGCGUCGCGCCGCACUAGCCGGUCUCGAGCCCACAGACUCUAUACGCGCGGUCAACGCGUUACUGACGCAGCUUGAUCGACUGCGGCGUCAACCGAACGCGCUCGUGCUGACCACUUCUAACGUGACCGGCGCCAUCGACGUGGCUUUCGUCGACCGCGCUGAUCUGAAGCGACACGUGGGAACGCCGUCAGCACGCGCUGCCUACGAGAUCCUACGCGGGUGCUGCACGGAGCUGAUGGUGCGCGGCUCGGUUACACCGCGGGAGCGUGUUUUCGCCAUAAACGUGCUGGAGGGCGCUCGGUUUGCGGAGAGUGAAGGUUCCCGCGCCAGUUUGCGAUUGUGGGCUGUGGCGCGCGAGGCGGCAACGGCCGGUGUGUCGGGGCGAGCGCUGCGUCGCCUGCCGCUGCUGGCGGUGGCCUUGCACGCGCCGCGCGGUCUCGCCUUGUCGCUAGAGCAGUUCGUGGAGGCUCUGCGAGCAGCAUUGCUGGCACAUCUCGCCGACGCGGCGGCACUGGCUGAAGACUGUGCACCAAUUGCUAACGGACACUAAAUGAUUCCAGUUCUAAUGUUGAUGUAUUCAGAAAUAUUUACUUGAUAUCUGUGAUAUAUUGGUACUUAUUUAUGUAGUGCCGUGUAUAAACUGGAAUAUAUUAAUCUAUUAGCAUAUAAGUAGAAGUGAAAUGUCGCCAUUAGAAGGUAUUCCAUAGUGUAAUAAAAAAAAUGUUGGCAAAUAUCUAUUGCCUUAUCUUUCUCAUAAGACUAGAGAAAUUUAGGUUGAAUUUGUGUAAUAAGAACUUACAUAUGCAAGCAAUUAUUGAACUAAUUAAAAUUAUAAGAUAAA